AUGUCGCAAUUAAAAUCUUCCUCUUUUACUGAACCUUUUUCAAAUAAUCAAGUGGACUGUUCUAAAAAUGUUCAACGACAUGACUCUAAUGAAUUUAGUAAUAAUAUUAGUAGCGAUCACAUAGUAGAUAAAAUACAAGCAACUUGCGAAUUACAAUGGUCAAAUUUAGUACAUGCUGAAAUUAUCUCUGUUACAAGUGCAAUGAGAAAAAAUUCUCGUUGGUCUGGCAUGAAUGUUAAUAGUUUAAAUAUGGGUGGAUUAGGUAUAAACAUGGGUCUAAGAAGAAUUUCUGUCGCCGAGACAGGUUAUAGAAAUCAAGAAAGUCCAUUGUUGGUUGGUUUUUCAAAUCUUAGAUCUCAUUUAUCAACUGUUUCAGAAUUAAACGAGAUAGAUGCAGUGACAUUACUAGAACCUUUUUUGGAAGUUAUCAAAUCUGGAGAUACAAAUGGGCCUAUAACUGCAACAGCACUUGGAAGUGUAGAGAAAUUUUUGACAUAUAGAGUUUUAAAUAUGAAUUCACCAAGUCUAUCUCAAGCAAUGUCAAUGUUAUCAUCUGCUGCAACUCAUUGUAAAUUCGAAGGAAGCGAUUCUGUAUCAGACGAGUUUGUUCUUUUGAAAAUUUUACAAGUCUUGCGAUUAGCUUUAACCUGUGAAAUUGGCCGAGUUCUUAGUGAUGAAGCUCUUUGUGCUAUGAUGGAGACUGGUUUAAGCAUGUGUUGUCAAAUGAGACUUAGUGCAGAGCAUACAAUGACUGUAAUGGUUCAAAAUAUGUUUGAAAGACUUAAAUCUUUGGAGGAGAAACCAUCAUCAUCAUUGUCUUGCGAAUAUGGCGACCUUGAAGAUAGUUCUUCUCAAGAUUUACAAGUUCGUAUGGCACCGCCAGAUCCAAAAUCUCCUCAUCUUCCUUUAUCAAUGGAAAAUACUAGCGACAACAACAGCACAAAUACUGUCUCAAUCUCUAAUAAUGAUGACUUGGUGAAAUUAAAUAGAAAAGGAGAAGAGGUGAUGGAAGAAGAAGAUGGGAUGGAAUCAAAUUACGAAAUAUUGACUAAUCAAGAGGGAAAAUCAUUAUCAACCGUUCCAAAUGAAGAAGAAAAAGAAAUGGAUCCGAAACCAUUUGGAGUACCCUCCAUACGUGAAUUACUUCGUGUUCUCAUAUCCUUACUCAAUCCUCAUGAUCAUCAACACACUGACACUAUGCGACUCAUGGCCCUUAGUAUUCUGAACGUAGCCUUUGAAGUUGGUGGUCAAACAAUAGGCCGGUUUGAAGUUUUACGUAACCUCGCUGUUGAUGAACUGUGCAAAUAUCUUUUUCAAUUGGCACGUACAGAUAACAUUACAUUGUUAUCAUUGACGCUUCGUGUUAUCUCAACAGUUUUUGGUACACUUCGUCCAUAUCUUAAACUACAACAAGAACUUUAUUUAUUAUUUUUGAUUGAAAGAUUGACACCACCAUCAAACAGUCCAAUAUCUCAUGCAUUCAACGAAGUAUUUUCUAAUCCUAAUUUCGAUAAUGUUCUGCAACUUGAUCCCAGCGCUCCAACAUCACCAAAUCGUGAUCAACGUAAUUUCAGAAUGAGUAAUAUUUCAUACGCUACUGGCGAAAUUCGUGAAUUAUUGUUAGAAACACUGGGUCAAUUCGCUAGAGAGCCAUCUUUCAUGAAUUCCUUUCCUGAUUCUACUGGAUAUUCUGCGAGCAAUUCACAUAUAAUAUGUUUUGAUACACUUUUAAUGUUUAUAAAUCACAUAAUAGAUCGAUUGCAGAAAACUGUUAGCUCUAGCUCUAGUUAUGAAUUGUCUUGGGAUCAAAUGACAGCAGCUGAUUAUAAUUCAGGAAUGAAACCAAAGAAUUAUCCUUCUGCUGCAGAAUUAUUAAAGCGCAAACAACUAAAACAAAUAUUAUGUGAAGGUGCAGCAAAAUUUAACGAGAGUCCUAAAACAGGGUUAGAAUUUCUUAAAGAUGAAGCAAUGAGAGAAAUGCUUGAAUCGUUUAGAUUGCCAGGUGAGGCACAACAAAUUGAAAGAAUUAUGGAAACUUUUGCUAUAACUUAUUUUGCUACUAAACCAGCUGAAAUUGCAACACAAGAUGCUACAUUUGUUUUAGCUUAUUCAGUUAUAUUGUUGAACACUGAUUUACAUAAUCCACAAGUUCGACGACGUAUGGGGAUUGAGGAUUAUAUGAAAAAUUUAAGAAAUGUUAACAAUGGACAAAAUUUUGCCACAGAAUAUCUACAAGCAAUUUAUGAUGCUAUUCGCAAAAAAGAAAUAAUAAUGCCUGAAGAACAUGAAGGUCAACUGGGAUUUAAUUAUGCAUGGAAAGAACUGUUACAUAGAGCCGAAAGUGCAGGGCCAUUUGUAAUAUGCAACGUUCCUUUGUACGAUAAAGAUAUGUUUACAACAGUAUGGAAGCCAACAGUAGCAGCUAUUUCCUUUGCACCAGACGAUGCAACUUUACAAAAAGCUAUUAAUGGAUUUCAUCGAUGUGCAUUAUUAUCAGCCCAAUAUAAAUUAUAUGAAGUGUUUGAUUAUAUAAUUAUGUCGUUGGCAAAGAUGACAGAACUUCUUGGCUCUAGAUAUUCAAAUGAGACUGCCAAUAAUCCGAUUAUUAAAGUUCAAGAUAUUGAUAUCACAGUAAGUGAUUUGACAAUUCAAUUUGGAAGAAAUUAUAAGGGACAACUAGCUGCUGUGGUUUUAUUUGCUGUUGCUAAUGAACAUGGAAAUGUAUUGAGAGAUGGAUGGAAAUACGUAGAAAUUAUAAAAAAUCUUUUUGUAAAUUCAUUAUUACCAAGUUCAAUGAUACAAGUGGAAGAUUUUUUAGCUGGUACAACAACAAUUCCACUUAAACCAAAAACUACUACAUUUUCAAAACAAGAAAGGCGUGACAACUUUUUAUUAUCGGCAUUAUCCUCAUAUUUGUUAUCGCCAUAUUCGGGUAAUUAUGAAUCUUCAAGAAGUGCACCUACCAAAGAAGAAAUAGAAUGCACCAUGUGUACAGUUGAUUGUGUUAAAGCAUGUCAUUUAGAUGAUAUAUUUGCUGACAUAAGAACUUUAGGUCAAGAAUCGCUUAAAAAUCUUAUGAAAGCACUCAAAUUUAUUGCAGAUGGAAAUACAACAACAAAGAUCAAUGAUGUUACUAAAUUAUCAUAUCCGCCAAUACCUCAUACCACACACCCAACUUCUACUGAUCAACAACAGCCGAUUCUUUUUGGACAUAUAACUGAUAUUUUAAAAGAAUCUCAAAACAAUAGUAUUCUAUUAGUUGAGAGAACAGUUGUUGCAUUACUUAGAUUGUGUAUUCAUCUGACACACAAGGAUGAAAUGAUAUCUGAUAUUUUGUUGGCAUUAGAACUAUUGGCUACAUUGCCAGAUGAUGUAAUAAAUUCUGUUGGCGAACAAAUGAUGGCAGGAAUAUUGAAUAUUAUCAAAUCAGAUCCUUCAUAUAUCAAAGGGAAAAGACCACGAGAACCAGUUUUCAAAUUACUUAGAGCAACUUCAACACACCCACAAGCAUCUAAAUAUUCAUUUGAUGUUAUUACAUUAUUAAUAAAAGAAAAAAAAGGUAUCAAUCUUGAUAACUUUAAUGAUUGUGUAGAACUUUUGGCAGAGUUCGCUUCAGCUGCUACAUUUCCAAUAGAUCAACAAGAAAAGCAACAGUUCGUUGAAUCACCGAAACCAAAAAAUUCAAGAGAUAAUCUUACUAAAACUCAAUCUGCUAUUAUAGAUAGAGCAAAAGAAGCUGUUGUAUUGAUGGAUAUAUUAUAUGUUGAAAUACCAAACCUGCUCAGUGAAACUGGUAAAUCACCAAGAGAAGCAUGGUCGAAUUAUUGGUUACCAAUUUUAACAGGAUUCAGUCAACAAUGUUAUAGUCCAUGUUUUGAAGUUAGACAAAAUGCAAUAGCAUAUUUGCAACGGUCACUUUUAAACCCACAGCUUGUAUCACAUGGUGGCACGGAAUGGGUAUUAGUGUUUGAUCUUGUGUUGUUUCCAUUGUUAGAUCAACUAUUAAAACCAGAAAUAUAUCAAGCUGACCCAGUUGGUAUUGAUGAAUCUAGGAUAAGAGCUUCGGCAUUAUUAUGUAAAAUAUUCUUACAUUAUCUGAAUAGGUUGAUGGAAUGGGGUGGAUUAAUUACAUUGUGGUCACAAAUUUUAGACGUAAUGGAAAAAUAUAUGUUUACAGAUUCAUUGAGAGAAGCAGUUCCUGAAUCAUUAAAGAAUAUGUUAUUAGUAAUGUCAACUUCGGGUGUUUUAAUUCCACCAGUUAAUCAAGAACAUAAAACAUAA